AUGCGCUUUACAUAUGCCAUUAUGCUCUAUCUCCUCACCCUCACCGCUGCUCUACCCGCAGCUCUACCCGCUACUAAAGAAAAGUCUUCCUCAACUAAAAACGAACUCGUCAAAGGUAUCAACGCCAACCUCAAAGCCGGUGAUAAAGAGAUCUCCGCGACCGAGAAAGCCCAAAAGGCAGCCAAAAACAAUGACAACAAAGGUCUUAAGAAGGAUGAGAAGAACAUCAACGGCGCCCUAAACGAGGCAAUCAAUGACCGCAAGAAAAACCAAAAGCUUGCAGGCACCAAGGAUGCCGCCUUGACCAAGGGACUUGGAAAGGUUGAAACCGCGCAAAAUGGCGCCAAACAGACCGUAAAGGGGUUGACGGGCGACUCUAAAAAGGACCAAGGGUCGUUGGAUAAGUUGGAUGCCACAUUCAAGAAGGGGAAGGCUACCAACACUCAGAAUCUUGAGGAGGCCAAAAAGAACUUCCAUUAA